AUGUUCAUCAUCACCGAUAUUUCCAUUUUCUUGUGCCCAUCGAUCGCACUAUCGUCCAGUGCUAAUCGACCGCCUAUCGAGGCGCCCCCUUCCCUGUUAUCUGGUGAGUCUGCAAAAUUGGCGACUUCUCAAGGUGAGUUUCCAUUUCCUUUUUCCAAUUUCGCUCCUAUCCUUUCGGCGACUUUCCUUCACUUUCCUCCUUCAUUCGCCCUCAGCUGGCUGACCCGGCUCCACGCGGACUUCUUCGUGAGCGGGAGCGGAGAGGACUCAGAAUUCGCUUCGCAGCGGGUUGCUGCCAUGUAUGCCCCCUUCUUCACGCUUUCAGCCGCGCUCCCGCCCUCUCCGCUCAUUAGCUUUGCGUGUUAGAUUUUCACGAUUUAUUUUUUACUACUGC